ACGGCGAAUCAAACAUGAGCGUGAAGUUAGCCUCACCUUUCCCUCCCCCACUUGACGACAUAGCUCAUGGAUUUGAUCUUCGAACUGCGGGAACCUAUGAGGCGUUUCGCUUGGGAAUAGACUACACGAAGCAGGAUGAGCAAGAUGGGAAUAACUGUAGGAGUGGAGCCAUGAAUCAGUGAUGAUGCACGAGUAACCACAGGUGUGCCUAUCGAUGAGCGUACCAAGGUAGACGGGGGAGAACAGGUUGAACGGGUACGCCAGUGCGACGAAAGUCUUGAAGACGUGCCGUUGAGGUGCAAACGCGUUGUGAAGCCACUGAGCCACCGUGAAAGCAAGAAAAGAGGAGCAGUGAAAGUCCGUGCCGCUCUGCCGGGGGGUGCUUAUCAGGAUUGUAUCCAGGCUACAACCAGGCUAUAGCCCAAGCUGUAGGCUCAUUUGUUAUCAGACUAGUGUCAAUUAUUACCAAGCUUAUUACGCACUACAAAUCUUUCUAGUGCGCUGCGGGACGGGGCAGGGCUUGAUGUCAUUGGCUUAAGAAGCGAGCUUGAGCCUGUGCUUGCCUGCCUUUGCCUUUCCUCCUCCAUCCUCGGGCCCUCUCCUUCCACAAUGUCCGACUCGUCCUCCUCGACAAAUGGCGGCCUCGCUCGUUCAUCCCCCGUCUCUGUCGCCUCCAGAGCCACUCAACCCCCAAAUCGUUCCGUCGCUGGACUCCUAGCAAGUCGCAGCAGGCCACUCGCUCAGACACCCAUGCCACCGUCCUUACAGGCAAAAUUAGCUUCUAUGGCCAAUCGGGGGCAGUCAUCCAACUCGGUCGAGGUUGCCACUGUUGCGAUGAAGAACGUCUCUCUGGCGGAAAAACCUCUUCAUCCUUCACUUCGCUCCUCAAUAUCCGAUCCAUCAGGUCGGCCUGGUGGAGGUCCUGGUGGGGGUCCGCCAGGAGGCCUCGCUGCUAGGAGACUUAGAAUGAAUGCUCCGAAGUUGAACGUCAACGACCUUGCUGAAGGGAUCUUUCCAACUGGUGGUGGACCUAGCGGUGCUGGGUUGGGCGGAGGUAGGCCAUUGAUGGACGAUGCACCCCGUAGAUCGCCUGCGGCCAACAUCGGAACGCCCUUUGCCAAUUUCCGCAAGAUUGUCGAUCCAUCGGGAGCUCUAAAUUUCAAUGGCAAAGCUAUCUUGCACGCUUCUGGCGUUGAUUUCUCCAAUGGUGCUUCAUUCAAGAUCAAUAUGACGCAGCUCCAGCUGGAAGAGGAACUCGGGAAGGGCAACUAUGGGACGGUCAAGAAAGUCCUACAUAAGCCAACGAAUGUGUACAUGGCCAUGAAGGAAAUCCGCCUAGAACUAGACGAAGCGAAACUGAACGCAAUCAUCAUGGAACUCGAUAUCCUACAUCGGGCAGCUGCACCGGAAAUUGUAGAUUUCUAUGGCGCUUUCUUCAUUGAAUCAUGUGUAUACUAUUGUAUGGAGUAUAUGGACGCUGGCUCUCUGGACAAGUUGGAAGGCGAAGGUAUCCCGGAAGAUGUCCUCGGGCGAAUAACGGGUGCCAUGGUUCGCGGCUUGAAGUUUUUGAAAGAUGAGAUGCAAAUCAUCCAUCGAGACGUUAAGCCGACGAACGUGCUUGUCAAUCGAAGGGGCGAAGUAAAGCUGUGCGACUUCGGUGUCUCUGGUCAGCUGGAGAAGUCACUCGCAAAGACAAAUAUUGGAUGUCAGAGUUAUAUGGCGCCCGAGCGUAUCAAGGGCGAAUCCCAAGGGAAUCUUGGCACUUACACCGUCUCAUCUGAUGUGUGGUCCCUAGGUCUCGCUAUGAUAGAGAUGGGUCUUGGUCACUAUCCAUACCCGCCAGAAACAUAUGCGAAUGUUUUCGCGCAACUUCAGGCGAUUGUGCAUGGCGAUCCACCAGAAUUGCCGGAUGACAGGUUUUCCGAACACGCUAGAGACUUUGUAUUGCGGUGUCUACACAAAGUGCCAGACAGGCGUGCAACGUAUGCGGAACUUCUGGCUCAUCCGUUCCUAGUACAUGAUCGAAAUCGCGAAGUCGAUAUGGUAGGGUGGGUAGCGCGGGCAAUAGAGUACCGAGACAGGAAACAGGCGCAGCAACAGCAGCAACGAAACCAGCAGACGUUGGAGCAACAACAACAACAGCAUCAGCCUUAAUCGUCACUCUGAAGUAUCAUCACUCCAACGAUGUUUCGAGACAUGACGCUCUGGCCUCAUUGUUACUCCUCAUUGUCACCUCUAUCUAUCAGGUUAUCCUGAUACAGGGUGACAAUCCCUGAUUUCGGCACGCUAGCGGUCCUCACUGGAUGCUACCGAUAAUAUCUCGCUCAUUUCCCCUCACUCUCCCUCGCAUUGCCUCAUUGUUUCAUGCCGUGCACCCAACUUGAGGUCGUCCUGUCACUGCUUACUCUUCCGACCCUCUACUCACUUCAUCGCCUGCCAAAAUUCGGGAUGGUUACAAACAUCCUUCCGACAAGCGUGACGUUACUUUCAAGACGGUGGUCGUUGUCAUACGGAAAGAAGUCCUUUCCUUGCUCAAUCCGAUCACCUCGUUCACGGUGCUAGUCAUCGAACCACGCACUCCGAGGGAGAAAGACGUCUCGUGAGUAUGCGUCACUGGAUGAGAAGCGUGGGCUGGUAACGAAGAGGAGGGAUAGGAGAGGAACCGUGCAUCAAUUAUAAACGCUCUAGUACCCUAUAGGUGUAUAUAGCGAGUACUCCCCUUACCACUGGUUGGUCGUGGAGUGACGUACCGCUGGCACCAGCAUUUUUUUUCAAUCAAACUUUCUUUGUUGUUACCAUCCAUCAUUCAUGGUUUUUUCUUUCUUUCAUUGUUUGGCAUACAUGUCUUCAUGUCUUGAUUCUCCGGUGCAUUUGGUUUGUAGCAUUCUCGGUUAAACACUGCUCCACUUAGAACUUUGUCAGUUGUUUUGCGAAAUUGUUUUUAAGUGGACGAAUUAAUCGAAGGGAGGUACUACAAGUGAGAAAGCCAGUUCUGGGUGUAAUGUCAUUGUCCUCAUACUACAGUAAUGGCACUGAUUCGAU